UGGAGAUUCAAGCCCGCCCGCCUCAACCCCAACGAACGCCCCGAACGACAAAUUAACGCCCAACGACCCCCCUACCCGCCCUUCCCGCAGUCUCCCUAGACCGUCCGAGAAACCAACCGCCCAACAUGGUCAAGAAGAGAGCUGCCAACGGUCGCAACAAGUCCGGACGUGGACACGUCAAGCCCAUCCGUUGCUCCAACUGCUCGCGAUGCACCCCCAAGGACAAGGCCAUCAAGAGAUUCACCAUCCGCAACAUGGUCGAGACCGCUGCCAUCCGUGAUAUCGAGGAGGCCACCGUCUACACCGAGUACCACCUCCCCAAGAUGUACUUGAAGCUCCAGUACUGUGUCUCCUGCGCCAUCCACGGCAAGAUCGUUCGUGUCCGUUCGCGUACCGGCCGUCGCAACCGUGCUCCUCCCCCUCGUGUGAGGUACAACAAGGACGGCAAGAAGAUUAACCCCAACGCUGCCGCUAAGACCGCUUAAUUGCGGAUAUCUUGUUUGUGGUGGAAUGGGAAAAAUCAACUGGGCGUUUUUCAUUUGCUUGGGAUCGCUUUUUUUUUUCCCGGUGAUCUAUAAUUGAACAAUCCCGCGAAAUGAUGGCUGUAUUCAUGUGAUUUGAGUCAAACCGCCGCUCGUCGAAGGCUCUCAUGCGAACCCACUCGGUUCACUCAUGUAUCAAGCUUCUAAAAACCGUGUAACUGUUGAAGAUGAAAGCAAUGCAGCCACAAGAUACCACGCCGAUGUGCUCUAGAAUAGCAGGCGAGCG